UGUUUACAUGUGAAUCAAGUUGAUAUUAGUUUUAUUCUACUUAAAACACUUGUUACGGGAACUGCAAUGUUACUAUUUAACGUGACUUUAAUUGUCACAUGGUCUUUGAGUACUGUCUCCUGAUUGGCUGAUCAGUGAGACAGUGUAUAAUUGCUGCGGGAGCGCGCCCGGGUACGAGCAGCCAUGUAAGCGUCGUUUUGGUUUCCAUGGAUACGGUGGACGGCAACAGAACACAGAGGGAGAGCGUAGACCCCGACUCUACUUUCUAACAAGAGAAAUUCAAGAUUAAUUUUGCUAAAGAAGUGGAUUAGAGGGUGAAGGCGCUCUGAGUCAGUGUCCCCGGGGUCAUCCGGUGAGUAACGGGUUAACUUCAUUCUUCUACGGCGGACGUUAAUAGCGCCGAGUGGGUUACCUGUGAGAGAAAAGGCGGCUUUCUUGACUAAAUGAAACUUUAUAUUCUUCCGCCAUUUGCCCACUGGACAGCUUUGUAGAGCCAUGUGGCAUCAAAUACAGACGCUGAAAGCUUCGUGCAUUUAAUUUCACAAGUCGAUUGUUGGACGUAGUUUGUUACGUGAGUUUGAUCGGUGCCAGCUCACCUGGUUCGGAUAACUUUGUGAGAGCCCUGCUCCACUGGCCAGGUUCUGCGUGUAUUAUUGCGGGAGACUUUACGGUAUGAGUGCACAUCUAGUGGACUUUGUACGUUUUAGAUGUUUGGAUGUUCAUCAGAGGGGAAAGGGUGGCUAACAUUUAACUAAAUCAACCUGUUCUUUGCUUCAUCUUUUUCUAAAACACUGGAUUAAGAGUUUGUAUAUUUUAGUUUUUUCCAUAUCUGUAAAAGUUUUUGGCUUUGUCUGUGAAGCUACCACAGAGCCAAAGGUCUCAAGCACCAGUAAAUUGAAAGCAUUUUUGUCUGGUCUCUCAGCAGUGGUACAGCUGAAUGACCCUGGACAUUUCCCCAGAUGGAGAAUAGCUCUCAGACACUGCCUCCUUCUUCUCCACGUCCCACCACACUCGGAGGGUCUUCACCUUUCUGCUCCUCACCACAGCAGACUUUCUCAAAUGGUGGGGUCUCUCUCCCACUAUCACCUAUUUCUUUCCCCCCAUCCCCUACCUCACUCUCUCCGGCGACAGCAGAGUCUCUUCACUCUUCCUCCCCUCUUUCACACUGCACAGCGUCUCAGUGCCUCAUUGGACAAAACACACAGUGCCUGAGCCCAGCGAACACAUCAGACCAAGAUGACCUGACCUGCUUGAGUUGGCUGCAUCAGAGGGGUAACCUGCUACCGUUCCAUCCUCUUCCCAAAAUGACACCACUGUCCCAGCUGGAGUCCUGUACAACCACCCAGCCUGCUUCUCCCCCCUCAUUCAAACCACCGUACUCCUUCAGCAGUCUGAUCUUCAUGGCCAUAGAAGAUUCACCUGACAAAAGGCUGCCAGUGAAAGACAUCUAUGAAUGGAUCAUCAACAAUUUCCCCUACUACAGGACAGCCUCUGGAGGCUGGAGGAACUCUGUCCGCCACAAUCUGUCACUAAGUAAAAGCUUCCAGAGAAUUCAGAGGGACAAGAAUCAGUCAGUGGGGAAGGGCUCGCUGUGGUGUGUGUGUCCGGAGUAUCGGCCAGCGCUCCUCGAGGUGCUCAGGAAGACCCACAGUUAUCACAGCACCAACAGCAACCUGAUCAGCAAACCUGCACUGUUUGAAGGUGCUGAUUAUGGGGGACUCCCAGUUUGUGACUCUAUGGAAAUCUCAGAUCCUCUUUCACAGACUCUGCUCAUGUCCACUUCCUCACCCCAAGCCUUGACCACUGAUAAUCCAUCCUUCUCUGACAACCAAACUUGCCCUUUAACCCCUGACCAUGAGGAGCUUGUCACCAUGGAGUCAGUUGAAUACCCGCAGGAGGAGGUCAGUGAGGAGUUGGAGAAGGACCCGCUGUCAGACAGUGGCUACAUUGAGUUACACUACUACCAGUCUCAGCAGUACCAGUACCUGGUGCUGCCCGGUGACACCGAGCUUGAUCUGGAGACUGUGGAGAUCCUUCAGCUCGACGCUGAGGCCCAAGAGGCUGCUGGGUCACUACUGGACCUGGCAGGAGGUGGAUAUUAAUAUUAUAUUCUGUUUAACACAGAGAUAAUG